UGUGAACUAAAAAUAUCUGGCUUCAAGAAGGAGAGAUUGAAAAUUAGAGCUAACACCAUAGUUAGAAAAAUAAGAAGUGAUAAAAAAGAUACAAUUAGUAAAUGUUGUAGUCAUGAAUAUUCAACAUCUCAAAAACUUCAUGAGCAUCUUAAGCGAAAAAAUCUAUGCAAACUAUUACAAAAACAGAAGGAAGUAGUUUUUAUUCAAGUGCCAAUUCAGAUGCCUAUUCAAAAAGCUAUCCAACAGGCUAUCCAAACUUCCAAAAUCAAAGCACAGGGGAAACCAUAUAUGGUAAUUCUAAUUCAAGUUUCUGAGCUAGAACCUGAAAAGAAAGCUCCAGUACUUAAACUUGAUCUAGAUAAUGAACCACUUAAAGUAAACGAUCUAGAUACUUAUAAGACUCUUUUCCAUAAUUUAGAACAAUAUGAUCCUAAUGCAGUUCACCUACUAACUUUAAAAGAGUUAGAGGAAUAUAAAAAAAGGGAAAUAAAAAAUAAUAAAUCUAGCUACUCUGAAGCAUCCUAUCAGAGCAAGAAUUUGAUUAAUAAAGAAUUUGAGCGUUUAGAAGAAAUUAAGGAGCAUAAAAAGUCAGAGAAGGAUUUAGAAUUUAGGGAACAAGAAGAAUUAGGAACAGCAGUUAAAAGAAGAGCUAUAGCCAUACAUCGUGCAAAAGUUCCUAAAUCCUAUCCAGAUAAUGGAAGUGAUAUAUAA